AUGGACAGUAUUGACUCUCCGUUUACAAUCGAGAUUGACGGCAAACCCAUCGCCAACGUUGGAGACAGCAGCCAUCUCCCCGUGCAAGCAGCACUGGGGUCCAACGCCGCCGUCUUCACACUCAAAGAUAACCGCCUCAAAUCUGGCGACUGGGUGCUUGCGCGCAAUAUAACCGAAGAUCGGAGUUUCCUUCCAAAGCAAGUGCUAUGGUUCAAGGCGGGCGCAGACAGUGAUAAGCAGGUUCACCCUGUUACAGCUCAGAAAGUUGCGGACGGGUACCAGAUCAAGUUUGCCAAUGCGAGCUUAAUAGCAGAAGAUGGCAACGUCUUCGCAGAUCUUAUGGGAGGUGAGUGA